ACUUUUUGUUACCAGUUAUUAUUUAACAGAUUGCUAAAAUAUAUAUAUAUAUAUAUAUAUAUAUAUAGGUUUGUUUGCAGUUGCAUUCUAUUAAUGUUCAAAAAUUGGAAAAUUGACAUAUAAUAUAGCAAAAUCACUUUUGAUUAUUAUACCAAUGAUACCAGUAUACAACUUUUGACUUUUAGAUUCAUCAUGGAAUUAAUUGAAGGCGUAGGUAAUGAGGUUCUGGUUGUUGUUGGCUUGUUACUAUCAUUUUUCGUAAUUGUAUUCGCUUGGCUUUCAACAAGUGUUACGGAUAUACCUAGGCAUCUCUUUGUGUUCGAAAGAAACUACAUGCACGAAUUUAUUCUUCGUCUAACAAAUUCAAGGCCCGUUUUGUUGCAAACUGCUCAAAUUGAUAGUUUGCAUGAGGAAACAAGGCCCGUAGAAGACACAACAGAAGAGACUAGAGAGACUACAACGGUCAGUUCAUCCGAAAACACUACAGAGGAAGCUAGAAACUCAGAACAAUCUGAUGAUCCUCAAUUGACAGAAGUGCCCGUUGAAGUUGAAAAUGGAAAUCCUCAAACUGUAAAUGAUCUACGACAGAGAAGAAUAGAAAGACUUACAAAGAGUAUUGAAACUCGCGAUGCUGAACCCCCUAAUGAGGAAAUCAAUAGGGAAGCAGAUAAUACUGAAUCUAAUACGACUAACGAUGAAUCGGAUAGUCAUUUAGGAUUAAUCACUGUCAAACUGAAAUUUCUUGAUGAUAGGCAAAGAGAGGUUAGAACGCCACAAACAGAAACUAUUGGAGAAUUUAAACGGAAAUAUUUUCAAGAGGAAUUGGCGGAAAAUGAAUACAUUCGUUUCGUUUUCAACGGACAAGAGUUAAGACAGGAGAGCCAAACACUUCAACAAUACAACGUUAGAGAUAAUUCUGUUAUUCAUUGUCUGAUUUCCAGAAUACGCAACGAACAACAAAAUGGAAAUAAUCAAGAUGAGACAAAUAUACAAAUGGUCGAACCUCAAACGAAGAGAUCAGAAAUAAUCGUCAAGAAAGUGCCAAUGUGCACUAAUUGA